AUGCAUCUUUCUAAAGAAUCGCGCAUUCAGAUGGCUAUUUCAGCUUAUCAGAAAGGCCAGGUUAAAUCAAUUAAACGCGCUGUGGCCCUUUUUGCUGUCCCCGAAAGCACUAUUCCGACCCGAAUUUCUACGUGGAAUGGCCCAGGAUUUCUACUUCGCAGUGGCUCCCAGGUUUCUAAUGUCCCAGUCGUUUACAUCGAACUCAUUUACAGCAGCCUAUCGCAACUUUCUGUCAAUUAUGACUUCCUUAUAACUUCGUUCAUCACCAUCCUUACCGCCGUAUGCGAUAUCGUAUGGCGUAUCACCGCUCAAAGCGCAAAGCAGAACCAUCCAAAGGUUAUAGGCCGGUGGUUUGAGACCGUACGAGCGACCUAUUCCAAGAACACGGGCAUUACAUGA